AUGAAGAAUUUCUUGGUUUCUUUCUGUUUGUUGUUUCUCAUUCUAGCCAUUUUCACUCCAAUUUCGAUUGGUCAGUUAACUCCAAGUGAGAGCCGUAUUCUGUUCCAAGUUCAGAAGCUUCUUGAAUACCCUGGAGCUCUUCAAGGAUGGACAAAUUGGACCAACUUCUGUUACCUCCCUCCUACACCUUCUCUCAAGGUUGUCUGUACAAAUAAUCGUCUAACCGAAUUAACUGUCAUUGGAAACAAAAGCUCCCCUUCUCACAGCCCAAAACCAGUUUCAGGGAAUUUUGCGAUUUCUCAGCAGACCCUGUCCAAAAGCUUUUCCAUUGAUUCUUUCUUCACACUUCUCACAAAGCUUUCCAACUUGAAAGUGCUUUCCUUGGUGUCACUGGGUUUGUGGGGUCCAUUGCCAGCCAAGAUCAACAGGUUCUGGUCACUUGAGGAGCUCAACAUUAGCUCAAAUUUCAUUUAUGGGGAGAUUCCUACAUCCCUCAGUUCAAUGAAGAAUCUUAGAAGCAUAGUUUUGGCUGACAAUUUGUUCAAUGGGAGUGUGCCAGAUCUUAAAAGCUUAGCUGCUCUUGAAGAACUUAAUUUGGGUAACAACCACCUAGGACCUGGAUUUCCUUCAUUGGGAAAUAGUCUUGUAAGUAUCAUUCUAAGAAACAAUUCCAUGAGAUCUGAGAUUCCUCCAACAUUGAGGAACUUUGAUCUGCUUCAGAAAUUAGACAUCUCUUCCAACAAAUUUGUAGGGCCAAUCCCUGCUUUCGUGUUCUCUCUGCCUUCAAUUCAGUACCUCAUUCUGGCUCAUAACCAACUAAGUGGUGCUCUCUCAAACAAUGCAACCUGCAAUGGGAAGCUCCAAGUUGUUGAUAUUUCUCAAAACCUUUUGAUAGGGAAACUACCAUCUUGCAUUGGAUCAAAGUCUUUGAACAGAACUGUUCUUGAUUCAUGGAACUGUUUGUCUGGUGGGAAGUCAAAGUAUCAGCAUCCAUAUUCAUUUUGCCACAAGGAAGCACUGGCUGUUAAGCCUCCAGCUAAAACUCAAGAGCAGGAGUCAAAAAUAAAGCUAGGCCUUUUACUUGGUGUCAUCGGUGGUGUUGUGUGUGCUGCUGCAGUCAUUGGGUUGCUGAUUUUGGUCAUUAUCAAAAGGGCAGGGCAGAGGAACAGAGAAGAUAAAUUUUACAGAUCCAUGGUUGAGAAAAUUUCUGUUCGAAGCUCCCCAAAUCCGAACAUCGAUGCAAGGCGUGUGCCCCAGAUGAUGAGGUUACCAACACUUGGACUCCCACCAUAUCGUGUCUUUACAUUGGAAGAAAUUGAUGAUGCAACAGACAAUUUCGAUGCCACGAAUUUGAUGGGAGAAGGAUCUCAGGGACAGGUCUACAAAGGCUGGCUCAGAGAUGGUUUACUGGUACAAGUGAAAUGUGUGAAAUUAAAGCAGAAGCAGUUACCCCAAAACUUGAACCAGAGCAUGGAAGCCUUGUCAAAGCUGAGGCAUAGGCAUUUGGUCAGCCUUCUUGGACACUGCACUGUCACUUGUCAGGACCAUCCAACUACAGCUAGCACUGUAUUUAUUGUUCUUGAGAACAUCUCAAAUGGCUCUUUGGUGGACCAUCUCACUGAUUGGAGAAAGAAGGAGUGGCUGAAAUGGCCACAGAGAAUGGCUGUUACCAUUGGCAUUGCAAGGGGGGUCCAGUUCUUGCACACAGGGGUUGCACCUGGCAUCUUUGGAAAUAAUUUGAAGAUAGAGAACAUAUUGUUGGAUGAGAGUGUUUCUGCUAAAAUCAGUAACUAUAAUCUUCCAUUGCCAUUUCAGAUUGGUUCAGAGAGCCCUCUUAAUGGACAGGGUAUUAGCAGCAGUAAACCUCAUCUAAACAGUGCUGAAGCUGAGAAGGAAGAUAUUUAUCAGCUGGGGAUUAUUCUACUUCAAGUUCUUACUGGUAGAUUGAUCAAAUCAGCUAGUGAAUUGGAUGAGCUAAAGAUUCAGUUAGAAAAAGGCUUAAUAGAAGGACCAUCAAAACUACGAGGAGUCAUAGAUCCGUCGAUACAGGGAAGUUUUGCGUAUCAGUCAUUGAAGACCGCCGUCGAAAUCACCGUCAAUUGUCUGAGCAGAGAUCCAAGCAAGCGUCCUUCCAUAGAUAAUGUUCUCUGGAACUUGCAGUAUUCAAUUCAAGUUCAAGAGGGAUGGACCAGCAGCGGCAACCUCAGCGCUCAGAUGUAG